GAAAAGAGACUACAGCAUCUGCUCAAUCAGCCGGUAUACAGGGAGCCAGAAUCAGAAGCGAAUCCUGCAGGCUCCGCAUCCUAACUUCCUCCAUGGCCAUUGGGAGGGCCACACAGGGGUCGCUCACUACGGGACCUGGGUUACCAGCCUCCAAGGUUCUGCAUCCGAGGACUGGAUCCCGCUCUGCGGGAACCGUGCAGGUCUCGUCUUCUGGGGCCUUCAGAAGGUUUCGAAUGGCAAGCAAGGAGUGGCAGCGCCAGACGUCCACCUUUACAUCAACGACGGUGGCAUCAACGAGUUGUCCGACCUUGGCGUCAUGGAGGUUAUCGUCUGGGAUCGCCUGCUCACGGAAGACGAGAUGUUGACCACCAUGGAGUAUCUAAAUUGGAAGCUCGAAAAUGGAUCGCAGUGA